AUGGAGGGAAGAUUUAUAGGCAUCAUACUCGUUACAAUAUUUGUAGGAGCAUUCGGUUUGGACGACGAAAUGGCAGAGCUGGCGCGAAUGUUAAGAGAGAACUGUGGGGAAGAGACGGGAGUUGACCUUGGACUGGUGGAGAAGAUAAACGCGGGAGCAGACUUAAUGCCGGAUCCGAAGCUGAAGUGCUAUAUCAAGUGUGUGAUGGAGACAGCGGGAAUGAUGUCAGAGGGCGAGAUGGACGUGGAAGCGGUCAUCGCGAUGCUGCCCGGUGAUUUGCGCGAGAGCGAGGCUUCUAUACGAGCUUGCGGCACUGUGCACGGUGCAGACUUCUGCGACAACGCAUAUUUAACGCAAGUGUGCUGGCAGAAAGCCAAUAAGGCUGAUUACUUUCUAAUAUAG